CAACACUGCGAUGCAUGUUAACAUAGGCUACGGAAAAGAAGGUUCUCGAAUCUCGAUUUUUUAAAGGGCCCAUCGUCCUUCAUAGAGCUUGCUUUCCCGUGUUGCAUUCUUUCUUGUGGAAACCUCUGGAAGGAGAAUCAAAACCGGCAUCGUUUCAGGCAGUGAUAUUUGUUGAAAAUGAGGGGAAGAAGCUACAGUUACAGUCCCUCACCCCCAAGGGGUUAUGGGAGGAAACAUAGGAGUCCUAGCCCUAGGGGUCGGCAUGGAGGUCGUGGUAGGGAUCUUCCUACUAGUCUUCUGGUUCGCAAUCUUCGUCUUGAUUGCAGACCUGAAGAUUUGCGUGGACCGUUUGGUCGGUUUGGCCCUCUGAAGGACGUUUACUUGCCCCGAGAUUAUUAUACCGGGGAACCUCGUGGCUUUGGAUUUGUCCAAUAUUUAGAACCAGCUGAUGCUGCAGAUGCUAAGCAUCAUAUGGAUGGUGAAAUUCUUUUUGGACGGGAACUGACAGUUGUUUUUGCUGAGGAAAAUAGGAAGAAGCCUGCAGAAAUGAGGGCAAGAGAUCGUGUGAGGGGUGGCCGGUACAAUGAUCCCAGGCGCUCUCCAUCACCACGCUAUGGACGGAGUUAUUCUCGUAGUCCUGUGUAUUAUUCUCCUUCCUCCAGGCGAAGACAUUAUUCAAGACCUGUUUCUCCUAGAGAUAGAAGGUAUAGAGACCAAUCCUACUCAAGGUCUCCUUAUGGUUCAAGGAGCUAUAGCAGGAGCCCAGUUAGGAACCGUAGCCGGAGCCUGGAGUACUCUAGGUGAUAAGCAAACAUUGGCAGCAAGUAAGACCUGACCUAUCGCGAGUUACUAGUGGAGGUUAAUGAUGUGUCAGUAUGAUCUGAUUGUGGAGUUUCUAGAGUUGGCAACUAGAUAGAAUAAUGUUUUAUCAGAUGUAUCGUAUAAACUCAGUUUAAGCAUUGAUAACUGUUCUGAUUA